CUUAUACAAUCAUAAGAUACCAAAAUUUAGCCCUUUACAUAAUCCCAUCAAAAUUCAUCCCAUCAUCCAUAUUUCCACUCUAUUUUCCUCCAAACCAAAAAAUUUUUUUUUUUUUUUUUUAAUUCUAUAUGGCUAAAGGUUCAGCAGCACCUCUAAAAUCAACAGCCAUAGUGAUUGGAGCCCUAGCUUUUGGUUGGGCUGCAAUCGAGUUAGCUUUCAAACCAUGGCUCGAUAAGGCUCGUGCUUCCAUGGACAAAUCUGACCCUGCUCGUGAUCCUGAUGACGUCAUCAAGUCGGCCGAAGAUGUCCAGGACGCUACCCCCGCCGAUGCUGACUCAGCCGCCGCCGCUGCCGCCACGACUUGAUUGUUCCGGUGGUUAUUUAUGUGGAUCUGCUUAUAUAUAUUAUGUAUGUAUGUAUGUGUUGGAUGUUAUGGUUAUUAACGCUGUUUUAUUAAUUGAAAAUGAAAGAAGAAGUUAAUUUAUUUUUUUUUUAAAAACAAA